UCGUCGCUACAUUUAAGUGAGAAAAAAAACACCUAUUAUUUUGUGCCCGCCGUAUCGGUCGAUAAUGCCAAAGCGCUGUGUUUAAGCCGUCACAUUUAACUCUCAACAACAAGCCACACAGAACAACAUCCAUAAACAGUACAAAACAAAAAUAUUAAAUAUUAAAAAAAAAAAAGAAAUGGGCCAAAAAGUGUCGCGCAACGACUUCGAAUGGGUUUACACGGAAGAACCGCAUGCCUCGCGUCGCAAAAUCAUACUCGAGAAAUAUCCGCAAAUCAAGAAACUGUUUGGCCAUGAUCCGAACUUUAAAUGGAUAGCCGGCGCCAUGGUGUUAACCCAAAUACUGGCCCUGUUCAUUGUCAAGGACUUGUCAUGGCCGUGGCUCCUGUUAAUGGCCUAUUGCUUUGGCGGCAUUCUGAAUCACUCGCUCAUGCUGGCCGUACACGAAAUAUCGCACAAUCUAGCCUUCGGACACAGCCGUCCCAUGCACAAUCGCAUUUUGGGCUUCGUUUGCAAUUUACCCAUUGGACUGCCCAUGAGCAUAUCGUUCAAGAAAUAUCACCUGGAGCAUCAUCGCUACCAAGGCGACGAAGUGAUUGAUACGGAUAUACCUACCCUGCUGGAGGCGCGACUAUUCGACACGACAUUUGGCAAGUUUAUGUGGGUGUGCCUGCAGCCGUUCUUCUACAUCUUUCGGCCGCUGGUGAUCAAUCCGAAGCCACCGACACGCCUGGAGAUCAUCAAUACGAUCAUACAGCUGGCAUUCAAUGCGGCUGUCGUCUAUUUCAUUGGCUGGAAGGCGAUGGCCUAUCUGUUGAUUGGCUCCAUACUGGCGAUGGGUCUGCAUCCGGUGGCGGGGCAUUUCAUAUCGGAGCACUAUAUGUUCGCCAAGGGCUUUGAGACAUAUUCGUAUUAUGGCCCGCUCAAUUGGAUCACCUUCAAUGUGGGCUACCACAAUGAGCAUCACGAUUUUCCAGCCGUGCCCGGCUCCCGGCUGCCGGAGGUGAAACGGAUCGCCAAGGAGUUCUAUGAGACGAUGCCACAGCACACCAGCUGGACGCGUGUGCUCUACGAUUUUGUGAUGGAUCCCGCCGUGGGUCCCUAUGCGCGUGUCAAGCGGCGACAGCGCGGCCUCGCCUCCUAAGGCGACGAUACAGUUCGCGGGCGCGGAUGAUGCAAUGAUUUUACUAGCGGUUUCCUGGCAUUAUGUAAUCUCAGUGUUUAGGUACUAGAAACUUAGAACUUUGUUGUUGUUUUUUUGUUAAAUCAUUAUUUUCUUGUCAACUGCAACAUCAACAACACGAAAUGUUUUGGUUAAGUGCAAACAAUUUGCAAUGCUUGAUUUAACGUAUUUAUAGUAUUAGAACAUGUGAAGCUUAGGCGCUAUUAUUAAACUAUUAUUGUUACCUCAACACACACACACACACACACACACAUAACUGAAGAGAGCGAGUGUUAAACAAACUAAAUAUUGUAUAUUUAGAUAUUGUCGCCAGAUGCAGCCAACUAUUUUUGAUAGCCUCUUGUAACUGACAUCCAAAUACCAAAAAAAAGUGUAUGUGACUAAAAAGCAAAAGUGAAACUGAAACUAAAACCAACGUAAACUCAACUUCACGCGGCGUUAGCUCUAAACAAAAUUUAUAUAUGUAUAUAAAAUAUAGAAACGAUUGUCCACAUAUACUCGUAUGCGUAUGUAAUAAAGAACACAACAAAAAACUGAAA